AUGAGUACGCCGGUGAAAAAGGUCCCGAUUCAUCUUCAGAGUGCUGCAAAUCGGCUGCUGAUUAAGAAUGGAAAAAUUGUCAACGAGGACGGGAUUGUUGACAGCGAUGUUUACAUCGAAGACGGAAUCAUCAAGCAAUUGGGACGAAACUUGAUAAUCCCCGGGGGGACGAGGACAAUAGAUGCACGUGGUAGAUAUGUAAUGCCAGGAGGUAUUGAUCCUCACACUCACUUCGAGCUGGAGCUGAUGGGCGCGACUUCAGUGGACGACUUCUAUCAGGGGACCAAAGCCGCGGUUGCAGGUGGGACCACCAUGAUAAUGGACUUUGUCAUCCCCCAGAAAGACGAGAGUCUUCUGGAGGCUUACGAGAGGUAUCGCGCCACUGCUGAUGAAAAAGUUUGCUGUGACUACGGGCUCCACGUCGCGGUCACCAGCUGGAAUGCCAGAACAAAAGAAGAAAUGUCAAUUCUGGCUCGGGAACACGGAGUAAACAGUUUCAAAAUGUUUAUGGCGUAUAAAGAUUUAUUCAUGCUUCGUGAUCCGGAAUUAAUAGAAGCAUUUACCGCCUGCAGAGAAUUGGGAGCCAUAGCGAUGGUCCAUGCAGAAAAUGGUGACAUUAUUGCCGUUAACACAAAGAAGUUAUUGAACGCCGGAGUGACAGGACCGGAAGGCCAUGAAAUGUCUCGUCCGGAAGAAGUUGAAGCCGAGGCAACACACAGAGCUUGCGUCAUUGCCAGUCAGGUUGGCUGUCCAUUGUACGUAGUGCAUGUGAUGAGUCGUAGCGCAGCGGAAGCUAUUGAAGAAGCCCGGAAACGAGGGGUUUGUGUUUGGGGCGAGACCUUGGCCGCAGCUCUUGGUACCGACGGCACCAACUAUCAUCACACAUGCUGGCGACAUGCUGCUGGACAUGUGAAUUGUCCAUUGUACGUAUCGGCGGUGAUGAGUAAGUCAUCGGCGGACGUAAUCGCCUCGAAGCGGGAGAAUUUCGUGGUGUUUGGGGAAGCCACGGCAGCUGGUGUAGGCGUCGACGGGAGCGAGCAGUACGGAAAAGACAUGGAGAAGGGACGACGUUUUGUUACUAACCCUCCUCUUAGACCCGACCCCACGACGCCGGCCUAUUUAAUUGAAAAGCUUGCCGAGGACGGAUUGCAAUGCACGGGAAGUGAUAACUGUACUUUCAAUGCUGACCAAAAGGCCUUAGGCAAAGAUGACUUUACCAAAAUACCCAACGGCGUCAACGGAGUCGAGGAUAGGAUGUCUGUUGUUUGGGAAAAGGGUGUCCAUGCUGGUAUUAUGGAUCCCAUGAGAUUCGUCGCUGUUACAAGUACAAAUGCUGCUAAAAUAUUCAAUUUGUAUCCGCGAAAGGGAGUUAUUGCUGUAGGGUCGGAUGCUGACAUUGUUAUUUGGGACCCGAACCGCAAGCGAGUUAUCUCUGCGGAUACUCAUGUUCAAGCUGUUGAUUUUAAUAUUUUUGAGGGAAUGGAAGUUACUGGAGUUCCAGAAUAUGUUAUUGUUAGUGGAAGAGUUUGCGUUGAUGAGACUGACUUGAAAGCGGUCCAUGGAUACGGAAGAUUCGUCGAAACACCCCUCAAUCCUCCGUAUGUGUAUGAAAUGGUUGAAGAACGUGAAAAGAUACCUCGAGGAAUAGCAAGAAGUGCCGCAGAAUCUAAAAAACACGCUGAUGAAGACCUGGCGCGUGCAAAAGCUCGCGAAGCUGCUAAAGUCGCAGCUGCUGCGCGAAUGCAACUGAAUAAUAAUCACACCAACGGCAACCAUGAGGCCAUGCGUAAUAAACCAAAAUUACGUGAAAUUUCUUGCACUCCAACAUUACCAGAAUCCGCAGUUGUCACUCCUUCAGCUAAGGGACCGCGUCUAGAAGGUCAAAGAAAUCUUCAAGACUCAACAUUCUCUAUCAGCGAAGAUAUUGACGAAGCCCGACGUGCCUGUAUCCGGGUAAAUAAUCCACCGGGGGGUCGUAGCGCCGGAGGAUUCUGGUAAUU